UUUUUAUCAUUUAAUUACUUUAAUGUAAUUUCAGCCUGUGAUACAGUGUAAACUUGGAUAUGAGAAGAAUUUACUUUUGUUUUUGUCUGUCUAGCAUCCAGCCAAUUGAAUAUACUACUGACUGCAGUAAUCAGAAUUUUGAUGGCAUUGUGUUGGUGACCCAGAGCCAUGAGACGCUGCCCUCCAACCUGCAGUGUCUGAAAGGUCCUCUGCAGGACUACAGCUCUGUGGACAGCGGUCUCGGGGAGGAGGUGGUGGUCCUGAAGGUGCCUGGCAUAUCUGGUAACAGACUGGUGUUUGCUUCCACCGGCCCAGUAAACAGAGACUAUGAUGAUGUCAGGCGUUUCAGUGAUGCAGCGGAAAAAGGCAUCAAACGGGCUUUGAAAGCAGGCAUGCAGCGCCCCCUGCUGAUCUGCCCUCCUCACCCGGCCUAUGAGAUGAGUACACUGGUGGCUGCUCUCGGGGCUCUACAUGCUCUGUACAUGCCGCUGGAACUGAGGGAGCUGAAAGUGAAACCUGAUGACUGCAAAGUGCAUGUUCUGGGUCUGUGGGUGGCAGAGGAUUCAGAGGGACAGAAACUGGUGCGACUGGCAGAGGCUUUGGAGAGUGGCAGACUGGCGUGCCGUGAUAUUGGCGGCUCAGACCCCGAGCGUAUGGCUGCUCCUCGUGUGGCUGAUUAUGUCCAGGAACUGUUCAAGGACAGCCCUGUGACGAUUGAAGUGAUCAGCGACCUGAAGGUUCUGGAGAAGGAGUAUCCCUGUUUGUCUGCAGUCAACCGUUGUGCCAAUGUUGUGCCUCGUCACCAGGCCAGAGUUAUCAAGCUGCAGUACUCUGGAGAGGGACCGAUCCAAAAAACUCUCAUGCUGGUGGGCAAGGGUAUCACGUAUGACACGGGCGGAGCGGACAUCAAGGCUGGUGGGUUCAUGGCAGGGAUGCACAGAGACAAGUGUGGAGCUGCUGCUGUCGCUGGAUUCUUCCAGAUCUUAGCCAAGCUGAAACCAAAACAUCUGAAAGUUGUCGGCUCAAUGGCGAUGGUGAGGAACAGCGUGGGCGCAGACUGCUAUGUGGCCGAUGAGCUGCUGGUUUCUCGUGCGGGUCGCAGAGUGCGUGUGGGAAACACUGAUGCAGAGGGGCGCAUGGUGAUGGUCGACUUGCUCUGUGAAAUGAAGGAGAAGGCGGUGCAUGAAGUUUCGCCUCAACUCUUCACUAUUGCUACUCUGACCGGUCAUGCCAUCAGGGCCAUGGGACCUGAGUACUCUAUCAUUAUGGAUAAUGGACUGGCCCACAGCAACGGAAACGCCGCUCAGUGGCAGAAAGCUGGAGACGUGUUGGGUGAUGUGUUUGAGGUGUCCAGGAUUCGUCGAGAGGACUAUGAGUUCCAUAAGGGCAAAUCUGAGUACGAGGACAUUCUGCAGUGCAAUAACCUGCCGUCCUCGGCUACUCCUCGAGGACAUCAGACACCAGCCGCUUUCCUCAUCAUGACAUCUGGUCUAGACAAGCACGGUGUGGAUUCUGACAAGCCUUUGCCGUACUCCCACAUUGACAUUGCUGGGUCCAGUGGGCCGUUCCCCGGCAUGCCAACAGGAGCACCCAUCCUGGCCAUGGCUGUGAACUACAUCCCAUUUAGCACCUAAUCAGAUGAUCCAGAUUCUGGUUUCUGCACAAUCUCAACAAAAUUGUUUUUACUUUGUGUAGAAAUGUUAACAUUGCCAACACAUGAUGCAAAACAUGAAAUGUUUAAUCAGAUUCAGAGUCUGCAAGAAAGUACUGUAUCUUAGCUUUUCUAAGAACCAUCGACAGCAUGUCCCAUGUUCUCCACGGG